AUUUUCCAGCUGUCCCUCACUCGGUCGGGAUUUCUGAACCACGGGAGAAUCACCGGAAAGGCUUUUGGUGAUAAACCGCCGCAUUUUGGGAGAAUACAACACAAUUUAUGGUUACACAGACACACAGAGAGUUACUUUCUAGAGCUUUUAAAGAUGGAAGCUGAACUAUGAGGCGUUGUGUAUUUGCUGAAGACUGAGUGAACCAUGGCACAGUUCCCGACUGCUUUCACAGGACAAGACGUGUUUCUGAUCACUCCGGAUGAAAGAGCCAAACAUGAUCAGCAGUUUCACGGCCUCGCUCUGUCUGCUGGGGGUUACAUAACAGGUGACCAGGCUAAAAACUUUUUCCUUCAGUCAGGGCUGCCCCCGCCCAUCCUGGCCCAAAUAUGGGCUUUGGCUGAUAUGAACAGCGAUGGCCGAAUGGAUAUCCACGAGUUCUCUAUUGCCAUGAAACUCAUCAAACUGAAGCUACAGGGUCACCCUCUGCCACCAACGCUUCCUCCCAGCAUGAAGCAGCCGCCGCCACUUUCCUUACCCCCACAGGCCAGCUUUGGCAUGCCCCCUAUGGCACCCAUUCCGACUCCCAUUCCAGCCCCCCUCCCAGUUGUGCCCCCGCUCCCUCUUCCUCCUCUUCCCGUUGGGGUGUCUCCUCCUCUUGUCUCUUCGGCUCCUCCGCCCCUUCCUCCACCCAUCGCCAACGGAGCUCCUCCCACAGCUAUGAUGCCGCCCAUCUCAGGCUUCCCCCAUUCAGCUCCCUCUGUGAACAAGACCUCUUCGUUCAAUCGUUCCAGCACCAAGCUGCAGAAGGGCUCGUCGUUUGAUGUUGCAGGUACUCAGCCUCCCUCUGAUUGGGCAGUUCCUCAGUCCUCCAGACUAAAGUACAGGCAGCUUUUUAACUCCCAUGAUAAGAUGAUGAGCGGAUACCUCACCGGACCCCAGGCUCGCACUAUUCUGAUGCAAUCCAGCCUUCCUCAGAGCCAGUUAGCCACGAUCUGGAGUCUGUCAGACAUUGAUCAGGAUGGGAAGCUAACAGCGGAGGAGUUCAUCUUGGCUAUGCACCUCAUAGACAUGGCCAUGUCAGGGUUACCACUGCCUCCAGUGUUACCAGCAGAUUACAUCCCGCCAACCUUCAGGCGUGUACGGAGUGACAGCGUCCAGUCAGACCAGAAGAGCGUCCCGGAGGAGACUGAGGAAGAGAACGAGAUCAACCUGGAGAAGAAACUACCAGUGACAUUUGAGGACAAGAAGAGGGAGAACUUUGAAAGAGGAAACCUGGAGCUGGAGAAAAGACGCCAGGCUCUCCAGGAGCAGCAGAGGAAAGAGCAGGAGCGGCUGGCAGCACUGGAGAGGGAGGAACAGGAGAGGAAGGAGCGCGAGCGUCUGGAACAGGAGAGGAGGCGACAACAGGAGCUAGAGAAGCAGCUGGAGAGGCAGCGAGAGCUGGAGAGGCAAAGAGAAGAAGAACGGCGCAAGGAGAUAGAAAGGAGAGAGGCAGCUAAGCGGGAACUAGAGCGCCAGCGUCAGUUGGAGUGGGAGCGCCAGCGUCGCCAGGAGCUCCUGACGCAAAGAAACCGAGAACAAGAAAGUAUAGUGCUGCUCAAAGCCCGGAAGAAGACGCUGGAGUUUGAACUGGAGGCUCUGAAUGAUAAGAAGAACCAGCUGGAAGGUAAACUGAAGGAUGUUCGGUUUCGUCUUUCAACUCAGCGGAGAGAGAUGGAGCAGACCAAUCAGACGAGAGAGACACGCAUCGCUGAAAUCACACAGCUUCAGCAGCAGCUUCAGGACUCUCAACAGUGGCUGGGGAGGCUCAUUCCUGACAAGCAGAAUCUGAAUGAGCAGUUAAAGCAGGUCCAGCAGAACAGUUUGCACCGUGACAGCUUGUCAUCGCUGCAGAAAGCCAUUGAGCAAAAGGAGAAUAGCAGGCAGCAGCUCAAAGAGCAGCUGGAUUCAGUGGAGAGAGAGACCAGAGCUAAACUGUUGGAAAUAGACGCCUUCAACACACAGCUGAAGGAACUGCGGGAGAUUCACAGCCGGCAGCAGAGGCAGAAGCAGAAGGAGUUGGAGGGAGGCGCUCAGUCACUCUCCCAACCUUACAUGCAAACGGCAAUCGAAAGGAAGUCUGCUGAGCUGCAGGAGGGCGGGUCAUCGUCAAAGGAAGGAGUGGCCUGGCGGGGAGAAACGGGAAGCUCUGCCCCUAAAGUUCCUAGCCCCGCCUCCGUGUCUGCGUCACACGCCUGGCUAAACAGAGUCACUCAAGAGGAAGAGGAGAGGAAGAGGAGAGGGAUGGAGGAGGAAGAGGAAGGCAGGAAGGGGGCCUGCUCAGUGGAAGAGAAGGAUGUGGAGAGCAGAGGAAAGAAGGACAUUCAGGACAAACUGAACAAGCUGUUCACCCAGCCAGCUGACCCCUGGGUUUCAGCAGUAGACAAGGCUCCUGGCCCAAGUCUGUUUGACCAGAAAGCUUCUGCCAGUGGCUUCGAGCAACAAAAACAGCAGAAGCCAGUGAAGGUGGUCUACUACAGGGCUCUGUAUCCAUUCGAUGCUCGUAGUCACGAUGAGAUCAGCAUCCAGCCUGGUGAUGUCAUCAUGGUGAAGGGGGAAUGGGUGGAUGAGUCUCAAACUGGGGAGCCUGGGUGGCUGGGGGGUGAGCUCAGAGGCAGAACCGGUUGGUUCCCAGCUAAUUAUGCAGAGCGGAUACCUGAAAGCGAAGCACCAGUCAGCUUGCGGCCUUCGUCUUCGGCCACACCCCCGUCGGCCCAGCAGCCAAUGGCCACUCCCCCUUCAGCUUCCGGACACACCUCCACCUCAACAUCUUCUGCUAACAGCAACUGGGCCGACUUCAGCACCACUUGGCCAUCCAGCACAGCGAGCCAGUCAGACAGUGAGGGAUGGGACGCCUGGCCUACCUCCUCAGCCAAUCAGAAUCCCUCUCUCAGCGUUCCAUCAGCACAGUUACGGCAACGCUCCGCCUUCACGCCUGCCACGAUGACAACAGGCUCCUCACCUUCUCCUGUACUAGGACAGGGGGAGAAGGUGGAGGGACUUCAGGCCCAGGCCUUGUAUCCUUGGAGAGCCAAGAAGGACAACCACCUCAACUUCAACAAAAAUGAGAUCAUAACAGUAUUGGAGCAGCAGGACAUGUGGUGGCUAGGUGAGCUUCAGAACGGACAAAGAGGCUGGUUCCCCAAAAGUUACGUCAAGCUCAUCUCGGCCAACAUGACGAUUCCCUCUGCUGCCCCUGCCGCUGCUGCCGCAGUCCGCAGCAAAAACACUAAUGAAGCUGGAAUAUCGGAGAGUCCGCCCAAUGGGAAACGACCCUCAUCCUCUCCAGCAAAACCUUCCGAAUCUGGAGAAGAAUAUGUGGCCAUGUACACGUAUGAGAGCAAUGAACAGGGGGACCUUAGUUUCCAGCAAGGAGACAUCGUCGUGGUGACCAGGAAAGAAGGGGAUUGGUGGACGGGCAUGGUGGGGGGAAAGACUGGAGUCUUUCCUUCCAACUACGUCAAACCACGUGACUCAGUGCCAGAGUCCCUGGGACCAGCAGGGAAGACGGGAAGUUUGGGGAAGAAACCAGAGAUCGCUCAGGUGAUCGCUGCUUACACUGCAACGGGCGCAGAGCAGCUGACAUUAGCACCGGGACAGCUCAUCCUCAUCAGGAAGAAGAAUCCCGGGGGCUGGUGGGAGGGCGAGCUGCAGGCUCGGGGGAAAAAGCGGCAGAUUGGUUGGUUCCCAGCCAAUUAUGUGAAGCUUCUGAGUCCCAGCACCAGCAAGACCACUCCCACAGAGCCCACCCCUCCUAAACUGGCUCCUGCCAGCACAGCUCUGUGUCAGGUGAUCGGCAUGUAUGACUAUGUGGCCCAGAACGACGACGAGCUGGCCUUCCAAAAGGGCCAGGUGAUCAACGUGCUCAACAAGGACGACUGUGAUUGGUGGAAAGGAGAACUGAACGGGAGGGAGGGCCUGUUUCCUAGCAACUAUGUCAAACUGACGACAGACACAGACCCAAGCACGCAGUGGUGCGCUGACCUCCACCUGCUGGACAUGCUGAGUCCGAUGGAGAGGAAGAGACAGGGCUACAUCCACGAGCUGAUCGUCACAGAGGAGAACUACGUCAACGAUCUGCAGCUCGUCACCGAGAUCUUCCAUAAGCCUCUGCUGGAGUGUGAGCUGCUGACGGAGAAGGAAGUGGCCAUGAUCUUUGUGAACUGGAAGGAGCUCAUCAUGUGCAACAUCAAACUUCUCAAGGCUCUCAGGGUGAGGAAGAAGAUGUCAGGCGAUCGGAUGCCUGUGAAGAUGAUCGGCGACAUCCUGACCAACCAGCUGCCUCACAUGCAGCCGUACAUCAGGUUCUGUUCAUGUCAGCUGAACGGGGCCACGCUGAUUCAACAGAAGACAGAUGACAAUCCUGAGAUCAAAGACUUCCUCAAGAGGUUAGCCAUGGAUCCCAGGUGCAAAGGGAUGCCUCUGUCCAGUUUUCUACUCAAGCCGAUGCAGAGAGUCACACGCUACCCUCUGAUCAUCAAAAAUACCUUAGAAAACACUCCAGAGUCUCAUCCAGACCACAGCCAUCUGAAAGCAGCGCUGGAGAAAGCAGAGGAGCUCUGCUCACAGGUGAAUGAAGGCGUCAGAGAGAAGGAAAACUCUGACCGGCUGGAGUGGAUUCAGGCUCACGUUCAGUGUGAGGGGCUGUCAGAGCAACUGGUGUUCAACUCGGUCACCAACUGUCUGGGACCCAGGAAGUUCCUCCACAGCGGGAAGCUGUUCAAAGCAAAGAGCAGCAAGGAGCUCUACGGCUUCCUGUUCAACGACUUCCUGCUGCUCACACAGGUCACCAAACCUCUGGGCUCUUCAGGUUCUGACAAAGUCUUCUCCUCAAAAACCCACCUGCAGUACCGCAUGUACAAAACGCCGAUCUUUCUGAACGAAGUGUUAGUAAAGCUGCCAACCGAUCCAUCAGGGGAUGAGCCUCUGUUUCACAUCUCACACAUAGACCGAGUUUACACCCUCCGAGCUGAAAGCAUCAACGAACGGACGGCAUGGGUUCAGAAAAUUAAGGCCGCUUCAGAGCUUUUCAUUGAGACAGAGAAGAAGAAGAGGGAGAAAGCGUAUUUAGUCCGUUCUCAGAGGGCGACCGGGAUCGGCAGGCUGAUGGUUAACAUCGUGGAGGGCAUCGAGCUCAAACCCUGUCGCACCCACGGUAAAAGCAACCCUUAUUGUGAAGUCACCAUGGGCUCUCAGUGCCAUAUCACAAAAACAGUACAGGACACUUUGAAUCCCAAGUGGAAUUCCAAUUGUCAGUUUUUUAUUAAGGACCUUGAACAGGACGUCCUCUGCAUCACUGUGUUUGAACGAGACCAGUUCUCACCUGACGACUUCCUCGGCAGGACUGAGAUCCGAUUGGCCGAGAUAAAGAAGGACCAGGGCUCCAAAGGACCAAUCACGAAGAGGCUGCUGCUUCAUGAGGUUCCCACGGGGGAGAUUGUCGUUAGGCUGGACCUGCAGCUGUUUGAAGAGCCGUGAAACGAGCGGCAGGUUGGACCAGAUGGGACUGGCCCGGGAACGAACUCAGAGAAACGGAAUAGAGGACAGUGCAGCUGGACUGGAAUAAACUGGACCAGAGGUCUGGAAUGGGCUGGGGUUACUCAUUGUGUGAUCUGGCUGUUAAUGUUUAGGGAGAUUAAUAUGUUAACAGCAAGAUUUGUUCUGUAAGAAAACCCCAGGUAAAGUCAGUAACACUAAGUAACUAAAUAUCAUCCUCCUUAAAUUCCAUGUCAGUUUUAUGUUGUUUGCCAUUUUUUCCAUUAUUUGGAAGAAAUUAACAAUAAGAGGGCUUACUUGGGAUCAAAUGGAGAACAUUUUCAAAAAAUAAGAAAACCCCAGGUCCAUAUCUUGGAUUGACACAUAUUUAGCCAUCAAAGUCAGGGUAUUAAGGUUCAGCCUGUCACAACAACAAAUUUAAGGUUCAGCCUGUCACAACAACAUAUUUAAGGUUCAGCCUGUCACAACAACAUAUUUAAGGUUCAGCCUGUCACAACAACAAAUUUAAGGUUCAGCCUGUCACAACAACAUAUUUAAGGUUCAGCCUGUCACAACAACAUAUUUAAGGUUCAGCCUGUCACAACAACAUAUUUAAGGUUCAGCCUGUCACAACAACAAAUUUAGGAUGAUAAAUUGUCCCAGAAAUUAUUUCACUAAACAAUAAUGUUGAUUUGAGACCAUUUUUGAGUAAUUUAUGAACAAUGGCAUAAUAAGUCAAGUCUGCCUUUUCAAUAAGGAAUAGAGUUUAAUUUUGCAAAAAAACUCUCAACACUGGGACUAGAAGAUAUUUGAAACAUCCAAGAAAAAACAUGGCAACCAAAAACCGUAAAUAAAACUGGGGGGAAAAAACACUUAUAACCAAAACCAUAAAGAAAAUGGAUUGUGAUAUUUCUGUAAACAAAAUUGACCUUAAAAAAUCAGAAUGGAAAUUAUCAAGUUCAUUUUAAUUUAUCAUUCAAAAUUUAUUACUUAUUAUGACAGACUUAAUUGGGGUACCAAUGUAUUAAUUGCAAAUAUUUAACAGAAAGCAAGAAGCGAGGUUACCUAGGUUAGCUUAGAACUCUGCAAAAACACAAACUAUAAUAUUUUUGUUCUAGUUUCUAGUGCAAAUAUCGAAAUAAGACAAAACUAACUUCUAAGUAACUUUUCAGCAAGAAUUAGCAGCUCUUUUUAAGUCAAUAAUUCCUUAAUAUUAAUGAGAUGGUAUUAGUCAGAAAUGAAAUAAUUUAUCAGUGGAACUGGUUCUUUUACAUCAACAUUAAUAAAUUAUUGACUUAAAACUUGCUCCUGUUUCUUACUGAAAAGUGACUAAGACAUUUGUACUGGAAACUAGACCAAAAAUACUUGCUAAGAUUUUUGUGUUUUUUGCUGUGAAUACAUAAUGCCAGCAAAUAAUGAAAAUCCCAGUGCCCCCUUUCUGGUGCAGUUAAUCCCAGUCUGCUCCUGUCCCAGUUCUGUGGGGUCCAGGUUGAAUUCGGUCCAACUCCGGACUCAGACGGGUUGUUGCUGUUUCCGCCUCUUCUGCUUUUAUCCAGACAGUCUUAGAGAAACUCCAGUGACAAUCCCUUCUUUUUUUAUGUCCCUCCAAACGUAACCACUGUGUGUGACUGAGUGUGUGCAAGAUCAGGUGUGAAUGACUAGAAAAGUUAAAGUCAGGUAGGUGACAUUUAAAGGCACUGAAGAGCUUCUCAAACUCUUAAUCAAUUUUUCUAAGCUUUCAGCAAUGAGCUAUAGAACUUAAAAAGGGAUCUUGAUAGUUUGGUUUUUAACCUCAACUGAACACUUGCCACAUUUUCUCAGAAAGUGCUUAAUAUGUACAGGUGUAUUGAAAACCAUGCUAAUAAGAUGCAAAAAAACAAGUAUUUUAAGCAAGUAUAUGAUAGGUAUUCAGUGUAAAUGACCGACUUACAGACAUGUCAAUGUGUCGGAGUUACAGUCAAUGCAGUGAACAGGUACAAAAGCUGAUUUCAAUCAAGGUACUGUGAACAAGAAUGUCUUAACUUUUAUUUUCUGUUGCGCAUCUCAGCUCUGACAUGUUGCUGCGGUGUUGAGCUGUCACGGUUGUCAUUACUAUGCAGGGAGAGGGGGAAGAAAAUGAACAAAUGGAGGUCCCUGUGGUUCAGGGCUUUUUAAAGAAGCACCGUGAAACAUAUUCCCAGUUGCAGUCCUUAACCCUACAGAAGCUUCAAUACAGAAACCAUUUUAAUAUACGUCAGCACUCCUAGCACUUUGAAAACAGACACUGUUCCCAAUAUUUCAGCAGAAAAUGAUCCAAGUUGAUAUGUCACCCAGCAGCCAUUUUGAGUAGUCAGUCAGAAAGUUUGCCUGGAGGAUAAAACAUUCAGUCAGAUCUGUUUCACCUCAGUAUUUAUACCUCUACUGAUAUCUCCAUAGGAUAGGGCUGGGGUCUGUUAAUAUAACCCUUGGUUUCACUAACUUAUUGAAAAGAUGACGUUGUGGUGCCCAAUGCUCAGAAUCAUCAGUGAUUUUCUUUGAAAUAUUUAAAAGACCCACUUUAACAGCAAGACAGUGGACAAAUGUAUCACCAAAAUAAACACCAACCAGAUAAAAUAUUAACCAGUAUUCCAGCAGUAAAAGCUUACUGCUGGAAUAACAAAGAUAAGAUUUGUGAAGUUUAAAAAAAAAAGCUGUUCAUGUUUGGCACUAUGUUUAUGUUUGCACACAUAUACAUAUCGGCAUACAUAUCAAGUUGUUCAUUUUAAUCCAGCAACAGUAAAAACUCAGUCUAACACAUAAAAACAAAACAAGAUGAUAGACUCCAGUAAUCAAAACGAUCAAUUAGUUAAGCAAGCAAAGUAGUCAAUUGACCAUCCAUCCAUCUUCUUCCGCUUAUCUGGGGUCGGGUCACGGGGAUAGCAGCCCAUUGAAUCCAUUUCAAAUAUUGUCAUGUUUAGAAAAAGACCUUCAAGUCCCACUAAAAGUACCUAAAUAAAUACCACAGAAGCAUGGAAAAACACGGCGCCUAAGUAUCAAAGUCAUACAGUAACAAUGCCGAGAUACUGUGAGUGGCAUCUAUUGAAGCACAGAUAUAGAAAAACUAAACAAGGGGAAUCAGAUAGAUAUGAACUAAAAGGUGGUCCAAGAAUGGAGCCUUGAGGAACCCCACAGUUUAUCUUUGUUUGCUUAUAUUUAUGACAAAAGUCUGCCAGCUAAGUCUGCUUCACCCAUUCUAUAACCAAGUUAUUGUUUGUGUAUUUUCCACUUUUCAACAUCACUGAGAUGUAUUAUCGCAAGACAAAAUUUUUUGACAUGUUGCUGUUGAAAUUUCGUUAAGCCUAAACUUUCAAAGUAUGGUUUCAGUGAUCAAAAACGUGGCUACAUGUAAUUGCAGAGAUAUGGGUUAAAAUCCCAACCAGGGACCUUUUUGUCUGACGUGUGGUGAGGAAUGGUAAAGAGCUACAGGCCAGUUAUAUGUUUGGUUUGAUUUUUCAGGGUUUUUUUUAGUUCAUGUUACAAAAUAAUAACUUUGGCAAAACAGUUAUAAAUAAUAAAUCUUAUAAAGCUGAGGUGCAACUUACUUAGCAAUGAAUUUGGUUUUCUGCAGAGCUACAUGUAGCCUGUGUGAACUGGGCAGAAGAAAAGCUAUUAAAUUCUGUAAUGUCUGAUUUAUUUUAACCAAUUCUUCCAUUGUUUCAGAUCAAACCUUGUAAUUUGUGCAAGAUGGGCUUGUUAAAAAAAAGAAAAGAAAGCUACUAAACUACAUAAUGCUCGUGCCUUUACAUGAACAUGCUAACACUUCUUGGCCUUAUACAAAAGAAUGCUUCAUUUGAAUUAAACCAAUUCACUUUUAGGAUAUCACUAACAUGAUUUCUGAGUUUAAAACAAUUAGAAUUUUAUCUUAUCCAAGUUUAAUGCUCUUGAGUAUUCAAAAUGGCAGCUACAUUAGCUGGUCGGACAACUGACAACAGUGAAGUUGUAGAUGUGUUAGUUAGCUAGUUACCUUGCCUGAUAGUAAAUCUAGCUAGUACUUUUAAUUUAAAGCCACAGUUACAAUAAUAUUCUGAAUAAUAAAUGACAAAACAGCUUAGUGACCAGUCACUGUCUAAUCAGCAGCUUAUGUUGAAAGAUGUGAACGAAUGUUGGUGUUUGUGGCAGACAAAACCAGUAACGAUGAUUUGUUCCCUCUCUUACUCUUCCCUUCACACCGUACUGAAACUAACCCAGUCCAGUUUAAGCCCAUUCUUACCGUCUACCUUCCAGGUUGUGAAUAAUACUGCUGUUACCUGAGAGUUAAUAUAUGAGGAGCGAUAACAACAAGCCUGUUGUUAAUUAUCACUGUAGAAGAUGAUGUAUGUAUUUGUCUUUCAAUGUUCAGAAUAAAAUUCAUUUGGACCAAGA